UACGAUCACCUCUAUGACUAAGUCACUGUGUACGUUGAGCUUCCCGGGAAGCACACACAUGUUUUGUACAUACAUGUUUCACUAUUGUUGCAUUGCAGUGUGUGUUUUUGUGAACUUUUAGUAGUAUGUUUGACGUGACACGCUCUGACGUUGCAACGUGUUUGACAGCUUCGGGACGGCACAGGGUGACACAAGGUGAGUAGAGCGUAACGUCACGACGUCGCACCAGCUACCUUGGUGGGCAAGGUGCCACGAAGAAGGCACGGUGACAGACCCCCGUCUCCCCAGAAAACAUGACAUCAAACAACAAUCACAAUUGACUUGCUGUUCGGGUGAGCAGCAGCUGGGUAGGUACGUGUUCUUUCGUGCGGUUUCUGUCGCAACAUUUCGUCAGCCCAUUACCAUUCGCCUGCGUGAAUGUAUUUAAUGUGUCUGGCGUUAAACAAACAGUGAAAGAUCUUUUCUGGCAGGCGUAGCAGUAGCACCCCUUUUAACACGAACUGGAAGUUCUUCCAGCUCCAGUGGCCUUGACGUGUGGGAGAUUACUUUGCGCUACUCUUCUAGUUCGAUUUUAUUGUUAUUUUGAUUGGCAGUAAACUUUGACACAGGCUCGGUUAUCGGUUCCUUAUCUUACGUGUAGUUUACAAUCUCAAAAUCGAUUUGCAGUGGCAACGACGUUGAAAUCUCAGUCAAGGCAAUUCCUGCUUUUACGAUCCAACGCGGAAGUGAAACCAGCUCUUCGUUCACGAUGAAGGGCAAUGGCAGCAUACUGGUGCUGCUGUUGGUAGCCGGGAUGCUGCCAACGAUGCUGGGACUUCCGGUUGUGACACAGCCACCAAAGCCCGCCGAAAAGGAGGAAAAGCACGAGGACAGCAACGUGGAACGCAUGGAGAACAUUAUUGAGUACAAUAAGUAUCUCCAGGAGGUUGUGAACGUGCUGGAAAGCGAUCCUGUGUUUGCUGAAAAACUGCAGAAGGCGGCAGAGUCCGACAUUCGGUCCGGUGUGAUCGCGCAAGAGCUCGAGUACGUUGGGCACCACGUGCGGUCGCGGCUGGACGAGCUGAAGCGCAUGGAGCUGCAGCGGCUGAAGGAGCUAGCGACGAAGCAGUUCGAGCUGACGAACGAGAUCGAUCGGGACCAUCUGAAGAUUAGCGAGCACGUGGACCACUCGAACCCGCACACGUUCGAGAUAGACGAUCUGAAGAAGCUGAUCCUGAAGACGUCGCAGGACCUGCAGGAGAACGAUCGCCGCCGGCGGGAAGAGUUCAAGCAGUACGAGCUGCAGAAGGAGUUCGAGAAGCAGGAGAAGCUGCGCGCACUGGACGAGCAGCACCGGAAGGAGUACGAGGAGGAGCUGAAGCGCCAGCAGGCCAAGCACGACAACCACGAGAAGAUACACCAUCCCGGCAACAAAGCCCAGCUGGAGGAGGUGUGGGAAAAGCAGGACCACAUGGAUGGGCAGGAUUUCGAUCCGAAAACGUUCUUCAUGCUGCACGAUCUGGACGGCAACAACAUGUGGGACGAGAACGAGGUGAAGGUGCUGUUCAUUAACGAGCUGAACAAGAUGUACCAGGCCGGGGCGCCCGAGGACGACAUGAAGGAGCGGGCGGAGGAGAUGGAGCGUAUGCGGGAGCACGUGUUCAAAGAGGCGGACACGAACAAGGACGGGCUGAUCAGCUACGAGGAGUUCAUCGAGCAGACGAAGCGCGACGAGUUCCAGAAGGAUCCGGGCUGGGACACGGUCGACCAUGAGCCCCAGUUUACGCACGAAGAGUAUCUGGAGUUUGAGCGCCGACGGCAGGAGGAAAUUCAGCGGCUCGUUGCGGAGGGCAAGCUGCCGCCGCAUCCCAAUAUGCCGCAGGGUUACCAUCCGGACGCGAAUGGAGCCUAUCAGGUGCAUCCGAACGCUAUUCCGCAGCACCAGGUCCCGCACUACCAGCAACAACAGCAGCAUCAACAACAGCAAUACCACCAGCAGCAGCAGCAGCAUUAUCAGCAACAACAGCAGCACCAUCAGCAGGGACCUCCUCCACCAGGAUACAAUAAUCAUGGCCAGCAGAUAAACGUUCAUCCCAACCAGAUCUACGACAAUGUGCAACCGCAUCAGGUCCAUCCUAAUCCAACCUACACCGGUCAGCAGUCUACGGUAUACACAGGACAACAGGCGGCACCACAGCACCAACAGGCUCAACCUGUCCCAGCGCAACAACAUCCUGGACAACAGCAGCAGUACCAGCAACAACCUCAACAACAACAACAUCCUGGACAGCAGGCACAUCAACAGCAACAACAGGCCCAAUAUCCUCAGCAGCCGCAACAGCAACAGCAGCCACACCAACAACAACAACAGCCGCAACAGCAGCCACAACUGCAACAACAACAACAGUAUCAGUCGAAUCAGAUCCCACAAAAUCCACAAUAUCAGCAACAGCACGCUAACAACAAUGUACAGCCAAACCAGAAGCCUCCUUCCCAUCAGCAACAGGCAGUCCCAGCCCCAGCACAACAGCAGCAGCCACCACAGCAGCAACAUACCGGAAACGUUGCAUCUUCCCCACAACAGCAGCCACAGCAGCAGCAACCACCUGCAGCACCGGCACAGCCAUCCGUUGUACAGGUGAAACACUAGAACGACUCCUCCUUGAAGCGACAAGCGUUGGAUGGAUAAACUGCAGCCAAACGAAAGCAUGAAACAACCGAAUCAAACUGAAUCAACAACACACACAAUGACGCGCCAAUGAUGAAACAACAUUCUCGUUUUAGUGUUCCGAAGCUUCCACACAUAACCAAACAGCGAGAACACUCCGUUUGCGAAGCAAACGAUUACACACGACUCAAAAUGUAGAUAGGUAACGGGGGCUGAACGAAAUGUCUAAGGUAUUACAACCAACCGUGCUGAUUCCGUAAAAACACAUGCCCCACGUUCCCCAUUUGACCUGACCCCUUCGUCCUUGGAACUUUGGACAGAGAAGAGACUUGGUCGGUCUGUCGGUGGGCGAAAGGGGGGCCAUGUUCGUAUUGUCGUAAAACUAACAUUACCAUUUAUCAGCAGAUUAACGCAAUUAUCUUGAAUACUACUUUGUGAUGAAAUGACUGUAGCGUGUAGCGAAUUACCCGUGUAAUGUUCGUUUUUUUUAUUACUCUUUUUUGUCAAAUAUAUAUAUGAAGUAGUCUAGCAAGAGAAAAACAAUUUGCCAAUAAAACUAUAUUUGACACGUGAUAAAA